AUGGAGUCCUUGACCAUCUACGGCCUCGUGAUCGCUCUGGUGCUGCUCUUCGCGAACCCACUGAUCAAGAUGGCCCGCUCUCUUGUUUUGACCGGUGCUGUGCUCCUGUGCAGCGGCGCGCUCUUCACGGCCUUCGUGGCCGCGCCCCGCGCCGCCCCGGCUCCCACCGCGCCGCACGCCGCCACUGCGGCACUGAGUGCCGUGACCCUGGUGGCCCCUCAGGCAGCCCAUGCAGAGGGCGGCGCAGUGUGGAUCCCGGCGCUCUCCGCCAUCGGCGCCGGCUUCGCCAUCGGCCUCGCCGCCAUCGGCUCGGGUGUGGGCCAGGGCAUUGCCAGCGGCCGCUGCAUUGAUGGCAUCUCCCGCCAGCCGGAGGUUGCCGAUGACCUCCGCGGCGUGCUGCUCCUGUCCCUGGCCUUCAUGGAAUCCUUGACCAUCUACGGUCUUGUGAUUGCCUUGGUGCUCCUCUUCGCAAACCCUCUGAUCAAGUGA